AUGUGGAUGAACAACACCUCAACCACGGUCAUGAUGGUUACAAUCGUGGAGGCUCUGCUCACAAAACUGGAUGACGUUACCAAAGGUAUCUCAAAGCGCACAAAAUACUUUAGUUCACCCAUUUGCAAGUCAUUUUCUCACUAUGCUUUGACCUAUGCCGCCUGCUAAGCGCAUGCUGUUUUUGCAGGUUCCGAAUCCAAGGCCACCGUGCUGCAUGAAAACACGUAAGAACCCACCUCCCCCCUCCCACUUUCUGACAUUUGAAGAACCAUUGUAAACAGAAAGUUAUGAGGAUGGCGGUUACUGACCAACAAUAACUACAGUAGGUGUGCUAACUCAUGAAAUGUCGUGAGUUAGCAGAAGAAAAUCCCCAUAACGCAAAAUUCACCCAAACUGCGUUUCCCAAAGUCUUAAGGCACUGAACAAAACGAGUGUUCUUAAAAAGGCAGACAUAGUUAGGUUUUAAAAUAAAUAUUUACCAACGUGAAAGUAAGUAAUUUUCACUGAAAACCGGAGUAUCAGAAAAUUGCUAUAUUACAAGUUGCUUAAAUAGGGCUAAAUAUAAGGGCACAUAAUGAAGGGGGGACGCAUGAAAUGGGGAAAAAAUUUACAAUAAUGACAAUUACAAAAGAUCAGUACUUUGUUGAUUCUUCGUUUGCAUUUAUCACUGCAGAAACCCUGUCAGACCUGGAGAUGGCCAGGUUGUCCAUAAUGGAUUUCUCAAUGCGAUUGUCUAGCACAAAGUCGAGUUUUUCUCGCAGUGAAAUUUUCUUAUUCGCCUUGUGCUAAUUUCUUUUGAUAAGUGCGGAAACGCUUUCGAUGGGAUUGCUAUCUGGGCUGUUGGCAGGGAUAAAAAUCAACUGGAGGCCACACGCGGAGUGGCUGGCUUUUGUCAAAAAACUUAGAUUACGGUUGAAAGCGUUACUGGAUGCAUACGUCUUUAGAACGAUGGACAGGAGCAUUGUCGUUUAAAAUUAUGGUAUCCAGUCGGCGUCGAUGGAUGUCGAUGUGAUCAAAAGCAUCCUUCACAAUGCCGACGAACACCUUGUUGUUGAUGGUGUCCGUAGUCGACCGCCAGACUGGCUGCUCUCCGAAUUUAAUAGCCAUCAAAACCACUAGCCGUCGGCAGUUCUUGAAGGUUGCCAUCGCGCAGUGGGCUCUUUUGGAAGUUUUUUUCCGCAUAUGACCAUCUGGGUCGGCUUUAUUGGCUUGUCUACAAAUGAGACCUCAUCGCAGAAGCACAUGCUUUUCCAGGAUGAGGGUCGGUAAUCAGUAUAUUUCUUCGCAAACAAAAAACGUUCUCUAAUACGUUUUCUACUUAAAAGCGGCUUGAUAGCCGACUUUGUUAAUGAAGGUCAAUUUCCCGCCUUCUUUUCCUAAUACGUUCAUAGAGAACAUCGGUAUAUGUUUCCUAUGAACCGUCUUAAUAAGCAUAAAAUGACACUUUUUUAUGUACGACGAAUAAAACCGUCGUCUUGUAUGACAUACUUCUCGCUCAAAUUUCGACCACGAAAUUUCAUGAUCUAAGCCACCUACUGUAUCUGACCCAAAUGUGAAUGAUCUGUUUGUUGCAGCUAACGGCUGAACUGAAUGUGCCCUUCACAAACUUUGCACCGCUUUCCAUUCCCUUACCUCCAUAUUUUCUUUAUAUUUACCUUGUCUAUUUCAGAGACAGUGAAACCCAGGCUGCACCGGAGGAAGUACCCACAAAAAGGACAAGACUCGACGCAAUUAACCGAUUUUCAACCUGCAUAAGCCUGUCCAUCGCCUAUGCUUCAUCCUGCGGGGGAAUAGCCACAAUUACAGGCACGGCGACAAAUACAAUAUUUUACGGACUAGUUUCUAGGUCAGCCCUGUUUCAAACAUAAUUGCCGGCUCAAAUUCACUCUGAACAAACUUCGUGGAGAAUUCGUGUUCGCUAAUCAAAUUACACAAAAAGGGUUAAUAUUUCAAAAGUCUUUCGACACACGUUAAGGAAACGCAUUUAUCGGUCAGCAAAGAGUCCGUGAGAGACCGAAAAUACUGCUAUACAUGCGUGCGGGGCAACGGUAUAGAGAAGGACCCCACUUACCUGUCAGUAGUCUGUGAAUCGUACCAUACGUGAUUUAUGGUAAGGGAGGUUUUAUGUGUGGGGCAGCACGCUAGGCAGCAAGCUGACAAAACGAAAGAAAACACAGAAAUUGCCUGGAUUUAUGCCGAAAGUCUUAUCCUACGCUAUUAUACGACAACGGAAAUGAGAGUAGUAAUCAAACAAUAAGCAAAAAGCAAAUUUCACAAAAUAACGAACUUUGAGUUAGGGUGUGAAGUCAAGGGAAGCAAUUGCUUAGGGUUUUUGCAGGCCAUCCGAGGUGUCUACAUACGGGGCACGAGAACUCGACCGUUUGAAGGUCAUCCAUUUGUCAAGUUGUCUUUACCAUUGCGAAGGGUGAACGGUGUUCGCUUUUGACCGCCGUUGUCUGCGAACUACGCUCCGAUUGAAGUAGACAGCCUACGUCUAAUGAGACGAUUCUCACUCGAUGAGAUGAUACAGCGAGGAAACCUUAGGGCGUCCAAGAAAGAUAGCUAACUUGGCUCUUGGCAUGGUUUUCGUCAGCCGUCUAAUGAGCUCAGCGCUGCUGACCUAGAUCUAAAGUAAACGUUUUCCUCCGACGGAGAAUAAUGAUGUAAGGAUACGACCUACUUUGACACGGUUAAUUAAAAUAUCAAGGUGUGUCUUGAACCUCCGGUACAGGGUCUUUGCAGCCGGGAAAGAUGGUUUUUCGACCUAGGCAUAAUAACUGGAGCAGAUUGAAGGGCGUAAACAAUCACUAUAUUUAGGUCAAUUAUAUCCGUCAGUCUGCUGACAGUUAAGUGGGGUCCUUCUCUAUACCGUUGUUUGCGUGUGGUAGCACGCUGUAGACGUUGUUCUUCAAGGAUUGCCAGUCACUACGCCACUACCCCUCACCCGUUGAUUGAUAGUCUGAGAACGUCAACUAAAGCACUGGGAGGGGGUAAAAGAACGAGGGAAACUGACGCUGGCAAAACAACGUACCCCUCCCUAAUAACAGGUCUGGUGUGCUUAAGCUUAGCCCCAGGCCUUAUCUGUUGUAGUUUUGAAGAUUUCAAAAAAACGGGAUAGCCCGCUCCCUCUCAUGAGUGAGAGUCAGACUGCGGUGACUCCAUCAUAACUCAGUCUCCACGACGCCCUUGAUGGCGUGAGAUCUGGACUGUGCUCAUGAAGACCUGGCACAUGUAGUAAGGAGGGGGCUGUGUGUAGGACGCGUAGUCGAGUUGUUUGGCCACUGCGCCCCCCUCCCGCGCUCACUUCCGGCCGCCUUGACACUAUUUUGCCACCGGAACCAGGUGUAUGAGGAAAGGAAGAGAGUGCGGUAUGUGCUGCGGAAGUCAUUGGUGCGCCACACUGUCGAUGAUGUUACCUGCGACAGCCGAGCCGUCCAAGGAAAUGACCAGAGUCCCGAUACAAGGCAGCAUAAGCCUUCAGUUCAUCCGCUCUAUUAGCUGCCUACCCUCAGGGUCAAAACUAUAGGCUUAAAAUGUACCCGCCUACUUCGACUACCAACGGCUUGCUAUCGGCCUACUUGCUGGCACCUUGCUGUCGACAGCAACCAAUCACUUUAUUAAACUUUGUUUUUGCAGUAAGAUGCUUUUGUCUGAAAGCCGAUCCCACUUGUCUUGCUUACUGCAGCCGAUUUGGCGAAGGCACUCCGCUAAACUUUGGAUCUUGGAUGGCCUUUGCCUUUCCCAUCUCUCUUCUCUGCCUUCUCGCUGUGUGGAUUGUGCUUUGCCUCAUCUAUCUCGGUCCGAGGUAAGCUCGAGUGGGUUUCAAACUUCCGUAUGGGAACAUUUAGUCUAAUAUUGUUGUUUUCGUUAAUUCCGAGUUGCUGUGGCAGAGCUUCAGCAAACAUAUCUUCUGGAGUCAGACAGAUAAAAAAGGACUUCAGCUCUUCCCGACUCAUAAUUCUAGAGUCACGAAAAUACUCCCCACAUGACUCUCCGCAACCUUAGCUGCCCUUUAUUACCCCCUUCCCCGCUCAUUCCCACAUGCCAUUUGAGUAUUGAGGCUAACUUUAAUCAAUUUUUCUAAUCGCUGACAUGUUUUUCUCCACUCCAUUCCCAUACAAACGUACUGGCCUGAGAAGUAUUUAUCGAAAGUGUACAGUGCGUGACUGAUCUCAUGAAAUGUUGGCCAAAAUUCUGCAAUAAUUUCCCGAUGUUAGGAAGGAUUUCUUAAGGGGGGUUGUUAUACUGAUUAUCAUGCAGCAUAACCCCAUAACGUUUCUGACUCCCCAGGAUGUCGGCUUUUGAAUGCAUGCUUUUUUGACUUCUUACAGAAACGACAGUUGGUAAAAAAUGACAACUUAAGUAGCAUGCAUUUUCGUAUUGAUUUUCGGUAGUCUUAUAAAUUCAAAUAUAUUUUAUCGAAAACAUGCGCAAAAUAUGCUUUCUUUUGCUCAUUUGAUAGAAAAUCACAUUGUCUUUAUAUUUUAUCCCCGAAUAAUGUGCGUAUUUAGCUUUUAAAAAAAGUUUCCUAAUUCUCGAGUAAUUUUCAACCUGAUCUGCCAUUACAUCGGCGUUUAGCAAUUUCAGUCUACAAGGUGCAUGCUUUCCGCGUACGGAAAAUUACAUAUUCCUCUAUGUCUUUAAGAAGAUACCACACGGAUUUCAUGAAGUGUUGCAAUGGAUCCGGACUGUCUUCUACACUUCAUGAGAAGCAUUUGUAAACGGACAUGUGCUGUCUUGCAUGCAUAGACAUUGCACGGUCUUAAAAAUCUCAUAAUUGGAAACUUUUAAGACCUAAAUACAAACUUUCAUCGAGCAUAAAAUAUGAAGACGAUGUGAUUUCCUACCAAAUGAGCAGGAGAAAGCAUAUUUUUCUGCAUGCCUUCUGUAACAUAUAUUUGCAUUUAUAAGACUACCGACAAUCAAUACGAAAAUGCAUGCUAAUUAGGUAGUCAUUUUUUACCGACUGGCCUUUCUGCAGGAAGUCAAAAAGGCAUGCAUUCAAAAGCCGACAUCCUGACGAGUCAGAAACGUUAUGGGGUUAUACUUCAUGAUAAUCAGUAUAACAACCCCACUUAAGUAAUCCUUCCUAAUAUCGGAAAUUCAUUGCAGAAUUUUGGCCAACAUUUCAUGAGAUCGGUCACGCACCAUAUAUAUGCCCGCCAGUUGGUUCUCUUGUUCGAAAUUUCGCCUAUAUUUGAUUGUGCAGGAGACGAGGGUAACGUGUUCGGGUGAGUGGUGCGGCGGACCUCUGCAGCAGAAUAUUCUGAUCCAUACUGGGGAUCAGGGUCAAGACCGGCGUGCAGAAAGGAACGCGCGUCAAGACCUCAUAGAGGCCCUACCCUGGCCCUAAGCACCCCACUCAACGCCUGGGCUCUAUUUAUCUUGGCAGCGUGACAUCCCCCAGCCCCCUAUUUUACACUCUCAAUACCACGAGACUUUAAGGGACUGAACCCUCCCCCUUCGACUCUGAAUCUUCACCUGUUUCAUAGCCCUCAUGCCCUCCGACAGGCUGACUGCCCACCUGGAUGGUUUGGCCCGGUGACUAAUUCCAAAAUGAGAGAUUGUUUGCUGCUAGCAUGUCGUUUAUGUUUAUCCCUUUUUGCAAACGCAGGGCCUUCUUCAAGUGCACUAAGAAAGAUAAACACCCCCGCAAGGACGCAACUGAGGCACGUGCUGCUUUCCUUCCUGGAGACGGCACUGUGUCAACGAACCCUGAAAUGGAGGAGAAGGAGGUGGGAAGCAGGGACGCAUCUGUGACUAUCACCUCGGCGGUGCAGAAGAUAGUCGAAGAGGAGAGUCUAGCCUUGGGUUCCAUCAAGUAAGACGCGCAUUUUUGUUUGGUACUUCAAAAAUAACUCUGUUUUCUCACUAUGCGAUUGGGCUGCUAUCCCAGGUGGCGACAGAGCUUGAGAAGCAAAUCCGAUACUCCAAAAGGUGCUUCAUAUUUCAUUUCGAUAUAUCCCCUUUGAAGUAGGAAAGGCUGUCAUCGGCCAGAGAGUUCAUGUAAUAGGCAGUAUGUUAUUACCGGCAAAGACAGGGCAGACUGGAAUGCUCAUUUCUGGCUUAUUAGCCAUCGUUAGCCAGUCAUACCCAACCCCGAAGCGUGGAACACCCGAGGCUCGAACUUGCGACCUGUUAGUUAGAAGUUCACGCCUCUAACCACUGGACCACGAGCUUGUUGCCCUGUCGGUUUCGAUCGGGAAUAUACAAUGGUAGGGGACACUCACCGAUCGUUCAUGUACUUUAUCUACAAACUGAAGUUGGGUCUGUUGUUGAGAAGUAUAUUUUCAGCAGCUGUAAUUGGUCCCUAUGCAUAACCGUAAUCAAUAGCCCUAAAAUAUUUCAGCUCUACCUUUUUUCGAAGUCUGCAAGCCUAGACAUUUAUCGGAGCUUUCAUAUAUACCGUAUGCGGCCGUUAAUUUCGUAAGUUGAGUGAUUCAAACCCCAGCCUGACCCAGAUUAACAACUAGUGACUGGCGGAACGAGUGCAUUCUACGUAAAAAAAACUCAAUAUUCACAUUAGAAAGGAGCUAUGCAAUAUGAGAAUCACUGUUAGCAGUGACUAAUUCGAUUUUCGGUCUGAACUUGGUGCACGUGUUCCUGAUGUACUCCGGUGACGUUUUGUUCCUCCCCCUAGCAGUGGAGACCUUCAAGGCCUCAAUACUGUUGCGAGGCUUGUCGCAGACCUUCUCCUCGACAUGGGCCUAAAUUCUGUGUCCGAUGGAAAUUAAGCGGUUGAAUAUGGAGGCUACAUAUUCUUGGGCCCGAAAUAAGACAUGUGGUCUUCCAUCCACUUCUGUGUCUUCCGUGACAUAUGUGGAGGCGCGCCAUCUUGCUCGGAGACCACAGUGUCGUCUGCAGUGUAGUUGGAAUAUAUCUAGGACACCUCACAUGCUUCUGAAGAACAACCAGGUACACGUCUGUGUUCACUUCGACCCCGACCUCGGUGAACACAGGUGGCAUGACUUUGCUGUCUGAGUCAGUCAGGCCAAAGACCAUCACUGACGCGGAGUGCUUAAUCUGAAACUUUUACCUGACAUUGUCAGGUACCUCGUUGAGUCAGAUUUGGUUGUGUAGCCCCGCCUGAAGUAAAGAAACCCCAACCACCUGCAUAACGGGACCGGUGGUAAUAGGGAUUUUUACAGGUGCAGCCGGAGAACGCCCAGGCGACGAGGUCAAGUAGUUUUAUGAAAAAAGCUAUUGGGAAUGCGCAUUUGUACUUUGGAUGGUUGAGAACUAGUUGCGCUAACCCCUAACCUCGACCGGAACUCCAAAGUAUAACCCCUAAUUCUAAACCCUUACCCCUAACCCUAACCAUAACCCCUAAACAUAACACCUAACCAUAAAUCCUUACCUUAACCCUUAACCCCAACCCCAACAGCAUUGUAUCCAUCAGGUGGGGCUACCAAAUCACAACUUACUCCUCGUUGACUUCAGGAGGCUUAUGUAGAGACCUGUUCGGCUGUUGGACACCGAAUCGACCGUGAAGAGGUUUUCGUCGGAGUAGAGCACCGUGAGCUGUCCUUUCUUCACGACCGCACAUGGCAGGCCUUAACUGGCACAUCUAUUCAGCAUGUUCGUUUGUUUCCCAUCGGAAAAAACAUAACUUUAACCAGAUUUAUGCGUCAUCCAACUUCGGCGCUUGAGUGACAGUUUGGCCGCCGCGAGCAACGACGUUCGGCCCAUGCCUGCGGAUUGGACGCAGCACUGGGGACUUAUUCACAGAAAGGCAGACAUUCGCGGCAUGUGCACUAGGUGGGCUUAUUCAUGAAAUGUCAACCGAAAUUCCGAAAUGUGUUUUCGCUUCGAAAAGAUUAAUUAAGUAGGGUUGUAAAACUAAUUAUCUUGCAACAUAAUUCUAUGAUACUGCAGUUACCGCAGGAUGCCGGCUUUCGCAUAAACUUCCUUCCGGCUGCAUGCAAAAACUGCACUCAGUAAAAAAAGGACAACUCAAUUAGCAUGAACAUUUCUCAUUGAUUUUCGAUGCCCCUAAAUGUCCAAUUAUAUUUCAUAGAAAAUAUGCAAAAAUAUUCAUUCUUUUGCGCAUUCGGUAGAAAAUCACGUCUUCUGCUAACUUUGUACCCAAAGGAGGGACAUAAUUUGGUUUUAAAAAAAUUUCUAAUUGUAGGACUUUUAAAUAUCUUGACAUGGCCCUUCAUAAAACGCCAUGUCUCUGCACUUACCAAUGUGACUUGUAAAGGUAACAAUAUUAAUCAAAUCCACUGUUAAAUUUUAUGAAUCCUAUAUGGCUCCCCUUUAUUACCGUCGAGAAAUGUGUGGUUUUCCGUGCGCGGAAAAUAUACGGCAUGCAGUUUGGAAACCCUGAAUCCAAAAAUAACGGUAGAGCGGAUUUAAAAUUAUUCCGGAAUUGGAACAGUUUUUGAAAACCGAAUUAUAUCCUUUCUUCGAGUAUAAGAUUGCAAGAAGACAUAAUCUUCUACCAAAUGAGCAAAUGAAUGGAUAUUUUAUGCGUGUUUUCCAUGAAAUAUAAUUGGACAUUUAAGGGAAUCAAAAAUCACUGACAAAGAUGCAUGCUACAUAAGCAGUUAUUUUUUACAGAGUGUAGUUUUUGCAUGCAGUCGGAUGGAAGUUCGUUCGAAAGCCGGCAUUUUCAGAUAACUGAAGUAUUAUAGAACUAUGUUGCAGGCUGACUAGUUUUACAACCCUACUUAAUUAAUCUUUUCGAAACUGAAACGCAUUUCGGAAUUUCUGUUGACAUUUCAUGAGUUAGCCCACCUACUGUAUCUCCCUCUCCCCUCACUCAUCCACCCUGCCCCGAAAUCAAAACGGUGCUAAUGCGGCCUGGUGGCUGGCAUCGUUGAAUAACCCGGCUAAUCGUGUCGCACACGACCUGGCUCCCACAACGUGCGGCGGACCUUCGUAUGGACGACUCAGAUCGCACACCAGUGAUAGCGAAACAAAGACCGCUUGAAGAAUGCGCAUUGCUGGUAUACUAACGACUGUAAUGCAUAUCCGCUUGUCUGGUCAAUUAUUGAAGGCCAUUCCUCUGUAUUUUUUUAGAUAUGGAGAGAUAUCAUGUCUUAUCAUGUUUGUCCUGCUCAUCCUGCUUUGGAUUGGCCGCGAACCUGGAGUACCCGGCUGGUCACGUUUGAUGCCGACUACUAAGGAUGCCAAGGGCAGAGUAGUAGAGUAAGUGAUAAAUUAGUCAGUCCUGAAAACUUAACUUUUUCCCAAGGUUUGUCGACGACGUUCAGGCUACAGUGUUCUUCGUGAUAUUGGCAUUUCUGCUGCCUGCAACCAAUCCUCUGCGAGUGCGCUUAAAUGCGGAGGAAAGAGGUAGGAUGUUUGUCUAUUGUCUCGUAACACUUUUAAGCCACCUUUUUGGAUUGGAUAUAACUGUCAAUAUAAUGCCAAAACAUUAGGGCUGUUCUGCCACAGAUAAAUCUUGUAAAAGUUGAAUUCCUCCAAAAGAGCUCAUAAUCCAUGCGAUGGUUCACCUAGAGUCAUUGAACGCAUGGUUGCAGACGUGAAAUAAUUCUCAUUUUAAACAUGAGAUUGAUUUUUACAGAUGCGUGGACUUCAUACACGAAAGAAUGCUUGACACUAAAGUUGACAUUUACUUUGAGCCAUUAUUAAUUGGAGUUUCUCGCGCCAAGAGAGGUUAGUUAUGCCUAAUCUAAGGAAGUAAUGUGGUCAGUUAGCCUCACUCGCUAUCAUUUAAGGAAAAAUUCUGUCAGUGCAAUUGCCCGACCACACUCCUGCUUGUCAGUGUUUUAUACUCUCCAAAAGCCAAUAGGCGCAAAGGAGCCAGCAUUCCCCGUAACCUGGUUGGGGAGCUCUAGUCUGUCAUAAUUAAAAUUCCCGAUCACGAGCGGCAGCACGCCGAGUCCGUGAUAUAGUGGUAGGACAUUCGACUCAAUGACCAAAAAUCCCGAGUCAGAAUCCCAGUUGAUCUACAUUUGUGACUGCAUAUAACCGGCUGAUAACGCCUAUUUCGAUCUCCGUUGUCUUUGUAGGUACAACACUUUAUAUAUAGCAAUAUGUAGAAGGUUAUUACCGACAAAGACAAGGGAGACUGGAAUGGCCUUUUGUGGCUUAUUAGCCGUCGUCAGCCAGUCAUGCCCAACCCCGAUGCGUGGAACACCGGAGGCUCGAACUCGCGACCUGUUAGUUAAAGUCCAACGAUCGAAAACCGACAGGGCAACGGGCUCGUGGCUCGGUGGGUAGAGGCGUGGACCUUUAAACCAACAGGUCGCGAGUUCGAGCCUCGGGUGUUCCACACUUCGGGGUUGGGUAUGGCCGGCUGACGACGGCUAAUAAGUCAGAAAUGGCCAUUCCAGUCUCCCUUGUCUUUGUCGGUAAUGCUAUUCUGCCUAUAUAUCAUGUGCCGCUGUGCGGCUGCUGGUUGGGCUCGAGAGAGGGCCCAUAAGGCACUACGGAACGAGUGAGUUCCGUAAGAACGAUCGGUGAGCGCCCCCUACCAUAACUAUAUGUAUAUCCGGUCUGCAGCUACAGAGGAUGGUAAAUGGCGAGGCACCAAUUAACUUCGGUUUGAUGAAGUGCUUAUGACCCGUCUGGUAGACCCCAGUGGUGGACCGGCUGCGUGUGCCAAGUGUGUGAGCGCAUGUUUGUAUUUCCGGUCGCAGCUGGUGACUAGAGUUAUGAUCGGCUGAAUGACGGCAAACGAACCCGAAAUGUUGUUGUGUCAAUCUGCACCCCAAACUCUAUCGUCUACCCUCUGCUAUCACAGCUUGGCCGACAUCGGCCUGGUAGAUGUUUGCCUGUUCUUUGCCCUUAUCCCCCAUGUGAAGCUUGUUUGCAUCGGUAAGCCAAUGGAUCAGUGUGCGCCCAUUCCUGAGCAAAUUUAUAUAUAUAUAUAUAUAUAUAUAUAAUUGUGCUGAAAAGUAACUAGAAAGGUAUAGGGCUGCCGUACUAAGCCGUUUUGGAUUUGUUACUCGUCAUCAACCAGCCGCACUCCAGCUUCGAUUUCGAACCGGCGGGACAGCUUUUUGGCGGAGAAUGCGCAGGAUCGGCCAACCUUCUCGCCUACACCUAACUUUUCAUAGAUUUAAUGGGAUGAUUACCUAAAUGCCUGUUACCGUAACACGCCUGUAGACAUAGUGAACUCUCCUACCGCUUUAGUGAAUCCCCGAGAUGAACAGCUCAACACUUCACUGCUAAAAUCCGUCUAUUUGACCACAAAUUUUAGAAGACCAGGCCUUCAAGAGGAUCGACUCGCGCCUUAUCUCCUGGGAGCAAGCAAAUAAAGGAUGCAGCUGGGGUGUCAUUCUCCUAAUGGGCGGCGGAUAUGCCCUUUCGAAGGUCAUUAUGGUAAGCCACAGCAAGCCACCCCUCAAAGAUUUCGUUCCGAUACUAUUCUCCCCCUGUCAUAUGUGCAAGUAGCCAAGAGAAAAAGACAAGAUGAAAAUCCGCAUUUUCUGUAAUACAAUAUGAGCCCUCACAAUUCUGCCAGACCUUAAUGGACGACCUAAGAGUGUAAUCAUUCCAACCGGACUUGUCAUUUUUGGCCCGGGGUUUCAUGAAAACGUGCAAAUCUAUAAUUAUCACUCUGAGUGCAGUAGAAACACGCACGUGUCUCGGUUAUUCUACCGAAUUUCAUAGACGCUGGUCACGCUGUUUACACGACAUUAGGAAAUGAACCAGAUGAAUCCUGCGUGCCAAAGAAACUGCCCUUUGUUUACUUCAUUAGCAAACAGAUGAGCGAAACGUGUUUCCGAAAUCUUGGUGUUCAGCCCCUCACUCCUUCUGUUGGGAGCAUUUCAAAAACACUUAAAGCUUGUGAAAUUCAAAAGUCAUCCUCGUGGCUCGAGUCCUUUAAUAGUUCCUGGGUUUUUGCGCGGGUGCAGAAACCCUGGGCGUGGAUGCAAGGACGAAUUUGUCUGAGAGGACCCAUAUAGCUUUGAUCUUUGUCCUCGGGGAUUGUGAGAGCACUCCUUUUUCGAUUGGCUCACUAGAGGCCGACAUACAGAAACCCAAGUUUUAGAUAUGACCAUGUAGGGAGCGACAAAGUUGGAGAGUACAACUUUUCAGUCAUUAAUAAUCAUCCUCAACUAUCAUUUCUUUAGUAUCGGAAGGGUUGCUAUAUUCCCAGGUUCACAACCAGUAGAUGAGUGAACGCUCGAAAGACUGAUAGAGUUCGUGAUAGGAGUUACAACCCCUCUCCGACAUGCAUAAAAGCCAGUAGUUGUGUUUCAGGAAUUACGCUUCCAUGGAAGACAAACGAAAAUCCCGACCGUCGGAAUGUCAAAUGUCCUGUAUAGAACUAUUGUGGUAUCAUCUUUUUGACCAAUCAGAAUGCGCACAUCGACCUUGUGUUGCGUGCCUCUUUAGAAUGCGCGGGAGGUUAGAUAAGGUGUGCGUGCCACGAAAAUACUUUCAUCUGUGAUGCAUUCGAAGGGUCCUAAUAGUUAGACGACAAGAUUGGAUCCCUGAUUCCCAGAACGAGCAUAAAACUAGCACGAUGAACAUAAUAACGGUGCUGAAAUUGUCCCAACUUCAAUCGGGUGACCAAUUCACCGGAAUUGCAGACCACUGCCUGAAAAAGACGGUUGCCUUACGUUCUCAUUGGUGUAGGCGCCGACAGACUAGGAAGAAACCGCAAAGACUCAGACCCAGUAUUAUAGAUACGACUUAACGUCCUGAGCAGAUAACUAAAAUGGCAGGCAGACCAGACCGUGUUUAUACUGAAACGAAGCUGCGUUCAUCGAAACUGCAUGAAUGCACAUGAUUCAGCCUCAAGAGCGCGAGAACAGGCUCAGAAGGAACUGAUCUACUUGCGAAUACCUGUCCCACACCAGAAGAAAAGUCAGGCCUAAAUUGGCCUGGUUAGGUGUCUUCGUCUGUAAAGCAAUAUGAAGCAAACGCACCCCAUCAUCUAAAUACCUUUCUUAUUGGUCAGUUGCUUAAAACGAUCGAGGGGGCGGCUUAAGUUUGUGGGAACGUGGGUCAGUUUUGAGAGCUCUGAUAAGAUACUGCGUAAGUCUACAGUCUAGCAUCAUGGAAAAUUACCCCAACGAAUUCCAAGCGUCUCCUUGUUUUUGUGCAAGAGGAGAUUUUCCCCCAAAGUAAAGUUUGUUUGUCAAAUUGAAAGGGGAGUUUGUCAUACCUUGUUUCUUUUUUAAGGUCAGUGGGUUGUCAAACGUGAUCAGCGAAGCCCUAAGUGCUAUGAGGUCAAUUCCGUCCCUUGCAAACGUCUGCAUUGUGGCACUCAUCGGCGGCAUUCUUACACAAGUCAUCACCAAUGCCGCCACGGUGACCAUUCUGGCGCCUAUUGUUUUUGACUUGGUAAGUCCCCGGCAUUCCACUUACCCGGAGCAAUUCGGCGAAUCUUAGUGUUUUUUUGAUUGCUUCGUGAGUUGAAAAACUAACAUAUGCAAAACAUCAGGCGGCAGAUUAAAUGAUGGCGGCUAAGAAGAACCCGCUCAGAAAUGAAUCAUCACGCGGGUCAGAUCAUUAGGGAGUGAACGUACUUGUGGUGAGUUGUCAUCAGGCUGACGUACGUUCGUACGCCAACUAUGCAAGUUUGACCCAUGUGCCGAUAAUCACCCUUUACGGCUGCCCGCCAUCUGUCGCCUGCAUAAUUACUUCUUCUCUGGAGGAAAUAGCCUUUAUAUGCGUCGGUGAGUAUGCCAGCCUCGGUCUUAAAGGAAAAGUGGAAAGUCGCCGGUGGAACUUUGAAGGUGUAUCUAGGAGACCGAAUCUCAUAUCCUGUGAUAAUGUUUGGUUCCUACCUCGAAGCUUCUGUGCACAUCCGAACAGAACCGGGAGGCAGAUGUGUUGAUUAAAGGGGACGGGUUUCAUGUGUCCAGUGCAAAUAUGUACAGUAGGUUGGCUAACUCAUGAAAUGUCAACCGAAAUUCCAAAAUGCGUUUUCGUUUCGAAAAUAUUAAUUAACUGGGGUUGUAAAACUUGUCAGCCUGCAACAUAAUUCUAUACUAUUUCAGUUAACUCAGGACGCCUGCUUUCAAAUGAACUCCCUUCCGGCUGCAUGCAAAAACUACGCUCUGCAAAAAGACUACUUAAGUAGCACGAAUCUUUCUCAUUAAUUUUCGAUGCCCUUAAAAGUUCAAUUAUAUUUCAAGGAAAACAUGCAUAAAAAUAUUCAUUCUUUUGCUCAUUCGGUAGAUAAAUACGUCUUCUUUUAAUUUUAUACUCAAAGGAGGGACACAAUUCGGUUUUAAAAAGUUUCUAUUUGUGCAACUUUUAAAUAUCGUUAAAUGGCCGUUCACAAAUUGUCAUGUCUCUGCACUUAUCAAUGUAGCUUGUAAAGUUAACAAUGUGAGGCCAUAUUAUAUUUUGGGAGUAACCACACCAUGUCGCACAGGUGCAACUCCGUUAACAGCUGAAUAAGCCAAGCUAAAAUCCAUUGUUCUGAUGCAGGCAUUUAUUAAACGGAAAUGAAAUACAUUUCUGCACUAUGUUCGCAGAAUGUGCAUUCUACUAACUGUCCGUCAGUACAUGCGGCGGAAACGUUUAAGGAAAAAGGGUGGUUCCAGAGCAAAGACCGCCCAAAUUCCAAAACCAACCGGCUUGCGAACUCCGUCUUGUGUGCGAAUGAAGCUAAGCCCGUCAGAAGACCGCUGAACAAACACCAGACACAGACAGCGUCCAAGCAUGCAAAUACACUGUGCGGCCAGCUUGUUGCGGUUGGCUACCUCGAAAGAAAACAAAUCGUCUAUAAAAAAGUCAUGUGCCAGUUGCGUUGCAUUUUAUUGUGGCCAAACCGGGGAAUCUCUUCCCACCCGUGCACAUGAGCAGCAACUAGCCGUGAAGAUAAGGGACUAUUUAUUCCAGAUAACUAUGCAGACACCGGACGCGGGACACAUAUGUGUAUGAGAGAAAACCCACUUCGUUGGUGUCCGCCCAACAAAGAAGCUCCGCGAGGUUCUGGAAACAUAUUUACUUGGACCGGGCAUGCUUGAAGAAGCACAUCGAUUCACGUGCCGUGUACAUUUUCGAGGUCAGAUGGAGAGAGGACAGCCAAUGCCGACCAGGCAACCGAAUACAGCGGGCGCCUAUUGGUAUAAACGUCAGCUAUUUACAUAACCGUUCGACAGGCAUGGUUUGUCUGAAGACCAACCGGACACUAGUUUCGAAAAUUUGUGCAAUUAGAGUUAUUUCUUUCGUAAAAACGUGAUUUAUUUCUAACUACAUUUCUUGGAACGAUCACUUUUAGCACAUAUAUGUCUAAUUCUCGCUAGUAGGCAUGGAUAAUGUAAUUGUACAGAAGGCUGGAAAUCGAUUUAGCAAAAAACCAAACUAAUGGAGCUGUGAUUGCAAGAAGUUACAACCUUUCAAACCCCCGCGAACCAGGACUACUAAUGCAGCGGAUUGUCGCUCUGCGCAGAACAUAACCACUCGGUCUGGCCUAGUGCCUGUUUCAAGGAGUAAUAUCUCCUACUCGAUCGGACAGUUCUUGCAAUCGGGUUACAGGACACUCUUGCCCUGCUGUGCUUUGAAGUAAGUGGGCUAACACGAAAUCUCAACAGAAAUUCCGAAAUCAGUUUCCGUUUAGAGAAGAUUAAUUAAGUAGGGUUGUAAAGCCAUUCAGCCUGCAACAUAAUUAUAUAACAAUCCAGUUACCACAGAAUGCCGGCUUUCGAACUUUCUUCCGGUUGCAUACAAAAACUAUACUCCGUAAAAAAUGACUGCUUAAGUAGCAUGCAUUUUUCUCAUCGAUUUCCGAUGCCCUUAAAGAUUUGAUUUUAUUUCCUUAAAAACAUGCAAUAAAUUAUUCAUUCUUCCGCUCAUUCGUUAGGAAAGUACGCCUUCUUUCAAUUGUUUGCCCGAAGGAAGGACAUAAUUCGGUUUUAAAAAGUUUCUAAUUUUGAGACUUUUAAAUAACGUGAAAGGGGCCCUUCAUAAAACGUCAUGACUCUGCAUUUGCCAAUGCCGCUUGUAAAGUGAACAAUAUGGAUCGAAUCCACUGCUAAAUUUUAUGAACCCUAUAUGGUCCCGCUUUAUUAUCGUAGAGAAAUGUAUGGUUUUCCGUUUGGGGAAAUUAUACGGCUUGACGUUUGGGAACCCCAAAUGCAAGUGUAACAGGCGGGUUGGGUUCAAAAUUAUUCGAGAAUUGGAAAAGUUUUUUUAAAACCGAAUUAUACCAUUUCAUCGAGUGUAAAAUUGAAAGAGGACGUCAUUGUCUACUGAAUGAGCAACAGAAUGAAUAUUUUUAUGCAUGUUUUCCAUGAAAUAUAAUGGAAUCUUUAAGGGUAUCGUAAAUCAAUGAAAAAAAUGCAUGCUAAUUAAGUAGCCAUUUUUUACAGAGUACGAUUUUUGGAUGCAGCCGAAGAGAAGUCUGUUCGAAAGCCGGCGUCCUACGGUAACUGAAUUAUUCUAGAAUUAUGUCGCGUGAUGAUUGGAUUUAAAACCCUACUUAAUUAAUCUUUUCGAAACGGAAACGCAUUUCGGAGUUUCUGUUGAAAUAUCAUGAGAUAACCCACCUACUGUAUAUCUCUCGAAGGCAAUAGCGUAGCGACCAAGGCACAACGGGACGCGCGUGUCCCGUAAUCCGGACAGUGAAUGCACCGUCAAAAUAAGUAGAUAUUUCCGGUCACAACCGGCAGGAAAAUGGACCCCUGGCCCAAUGUCAGAAGGCUGAGCCAAGAAUUCGGAUUCGAGCCUCAGCUGUGGCACAACCUAGACUUGGGUAAGGCUGACUGACGACGGCUAAUAAACCGGAAGUAGUUAUUCCAAUCUCCCUUGCCUUUGUCGUCACUUUCAUCUGCACAUGUCUCACGAAAAACUAUUGUUCAGGUCGGCUUUUGCUGGUGAACACGUAAGUUAUCUAAUUUCUUUCUGAUGCCUUUGAUCUAGUGUCAGUCGAUCCAAGUCCACCCCUUCCUCCUCAGUAUCCCGCUGACGAUCGCAACCUCACUCGCCUUCAUGUUGCCUGCAUCGACACCCCCAAACGCGAUCAUCUUCUCUAAGGGGCGCGUACCUCUGCUCGAAAUGGUAAACGCUCUACCCUUUUGUGUUAUAUUGAUUAUUUUUCGCUCUAAAAUUUUCCAUUAUAUUUAAACUUACGUAAGAAGCACUGUCAAAUUUACGGUGAUGAUAACGCGGUGAUUUUUCAGAUGCGAAGACUCAACAACAACAACAACAACAACAAAAGGUUUUCAACGAAAUUGCUAAAUUAAAUCUAGCCUAACCGGCCUACGAUGCUAUAUUUAUUUUACCGACAUAUGUGUUUUAGUAAAAGAAGAGCAUGUCGCAGGAUCAGUGGGUGAUUUUCCUGACGUGUCUGGCGUCGGGGUCUGUCAGCUAAAGACCUCGUGAACAAGCAGGUCAAGGGGUCGAAGAUAUGGAUCUAUUGGUGCUGGUGGCAAACGGUUUACAUUUGCCGAUAGAAGUCAACAGGCGAGUUCCCGGAUGCAGUUCAGAGGAAGUAUAUGCGAUCACUGGACCAAGAAAUCUAUUGGCCUGGUGUUUCGGAUUCUCCUUCGGACACAUCAUAAGAGCGCGUUGUAGAUAAAGUUUGUGGAAGCACAAGGAGAUUAGUAUUUAUAGUACGUAGCUGCCGUGGGACCACAUGUGUACUAUAAUUAGCAGCCCUCGCGAUCACCGCUGGGAGUCGUAAUUAAUGCGAUUAUGGCUUGUCAGUCCACUCCCGAGUCAUUAAUGGCCUCAAUUUCACUAUCCGUAUUGGAUGUUGGUGUGAUAAUUACUCGGCCGUUUGCCUGCGCCCUUCCCACGUGACUGAUUCUCCUACCUAGGGAAAGUCUCAGCAUAGAAUAUGGUAACGGAAGGUCAUUAUACUUGUUGAAGGACAGUGGGCCUGGGAACCACGACUCAAUCAGCACGCCGCUCAUGCAGUUGUCACCUCUUGCGAGGAUUUUAGCCUCUUGAGGCUUGAAAAUAUGGCCACUUCCGGUCGAAUCGACCGCCACUGAAGAGUUAGCGUUUUUCCCCUCAUUACUCCUGCGUGCUCGGUCAUUCACAUUUAAAGUAAUCUCCCAGUGUGUCCGACGUAGGUAUCCUUUCCGCAAUUGCAUUAGAUGCGGUAUACGACAUUUGCUUUCUAAAAUGCCGAAAUCGGCAGUCGAAAGAACAGUCGCACGGUUGGGCACACAUCAGAGCCCUGACGGUCACGUGGCGAUUUGCGCGACGCCAAACUGGGCAGUAACUGCGUUUCGGCAACUUCCCAUAACCUCCGCCGCCUUCGUACCACAGUCGGCGCGUCACGGCAGGCUGAUGGAGGCUGUCGCAUUAUGUCAUUCACUUCCUCGCAUUCGCCGAAUGACGACUUUCGACCAACAAUACGCCAGCGCACCCAGGACCAUAGUUAAAUACCGUAGAGUACUGGACUACAACAAAACUCUGGGAAUUUCACUCGCUCUCGAAAUUUAAUGAAGAGUUAUUAAACAGAUCACGUGAUCCUUCUUCUCCUCUUUCAUGUCCAGGGGCACAGAUGUUGUUUUCGGUUGUUCCGAGAUUUCAGCCUGUCCCAACUGGAGAAAAUUAUUCUAACGGUUAGGAUUUAUCGACUUGGGUUCGCUGGUUCUCAUUUCUGUGGAAAUCACGAGACCGCAUGAAUAGUUCGCAUCAGAAUGAAAAUUGGACCUUAUCUAAAGAGUGCGUAACUGCCAACUUGCUGCAUAAUGGUACAGGUCUGGAGUUAAUUUAUCCAAGCAUUCUGCUUGCCGAAUCGUCUUCUGAUAUAUAGCACUAUCAAAGUUUUUUAUCAAAAUUGUUUACUAUCCGUUAACGUUGCUUAGCAUACAAGUCCCUCAGAGGCCGACUGGGAACCCCGGAAAGAAUGAGCCAGUCUUGUGUCCUGACUACGGAUAACCCGCUGUGUCUACGGGUGGCGUAUGGAAGAACUGCCCUAACGAGAGUUUUAUGGCGAAUGCAAAUGUUUCCUUGACCUGACUAAGAUUAAAUAGCGAACCACGCAUUGGUAUUUAGGUGUUAAUGGACGCCUAUUUAAAGGUCUCAAACGAAAGCGGUAUUUUGACAUAAUGAAUGCCACCCGGUAGGCAACUGAGCUUCACUGACGCCGUCACUUGGAGAAUUAGAGAACCACAGACAAGUCAGGCCAAACUAGCCGCCUCGUCCGUAACAUUUCCCACCAAAUCUUCAUGUAUAGCCAACUGUGGGUAUAUUUUCCGAAGGAUAAAACACGCUUCUCAUAGGCUUCUGAAACUAAUGAAGCCUCCUAACUGCUCUCCGAUUACUACGACUCAUUCUCCUACGGUUGCAUUGUCAAGAUUGAAGAACUAAUCCAUUUAGAUCCUGUGAGAUCUGCAGAAGUGCCUUUUGAUGUCUUCACAGUUUUUAAUUACCGUCUGGUUAUCGCUUCUACUUCUUGAGAAUACAAGCGAACGGCGCUUACUGUCGUCAUUUUAAUGGAAUCAAGAUCAAUGUACUAUCCUGGUUGGUCAUAGAAUAUGCAAAAAACUAAUGAAGCUUAAUACUUAUGCAUAAAGGUAUUAUUCAUUCCUUUGGUGUAUGCUGAGUAAAUAGGACUAUAUUAAAGGAUUUCAGGUAUGGCUCUGGUUCUCUAUGUUUUAUUUUAAACCGCAAACUUCCUUUGAAGUAAAAAUUGAUUUUAGGUUAAAACAAGACUUCUAAGCAGACAAGUCAGAUCUAUUAGUUGUCUACUCUCAUUGUUUCUCUUGCCUUGGAACAUCGAAACCCCUAGAAGUUGUAUACUUUGAAAUUUAAAUGAAGACAGGGGUAUGGUUUAUGGCCGGGAUUACUUAAUCCAGAAUGCAUUUAUAUUAAGCAAAAGAGUUGAACACAUAAGAACUUUGCGGUACCACAAGUUUUUCCUCCGGCAUAUUGUCAACAAUUAAAAGAGGACACUAGUUUUACUAUUUAAUGAUAAUAGUAAAUUAAUUUAAUGCCCCUUUUCAUGCAUUGUCAAAAAGGUAUUGCAUCGUCGCAUUUUUACUCCGAUGACUACCUUAAGACAUCCUGACCGCCCUUAAACAAUAGUCACUGCGAAGUCUUUCUAUUUCUUCGUCUGGCACGUAAAAAUGAAUAUUGCCAUUUAUUUUUUGUGCAAUUACUCCCCGGACCAAGUAACCCCGGCCAUAAACCAAACCCUUGCUCACAUAAAGUUAAAUGUAAGCGGUACCGUGUGCUGCUCAAGUUUGGCUUAUCUUUAAUAGCUAUGCCAAUUUUCUCACUACCAGGUUAAAACCGGAUUUCAGGUCCUUCUCGUCACGGAGGCGAUUGUCCUGUUCUGCAUGAUGACCUAUGUUACUGCAUUUUUCCACUUGAAUGAGAUGCCCUCGUGGGCCAACUCAAGUCUGCCAAAUGGGGCGUCCAACGCAACGCUCCCAUGA